AUGGCGGAGGAGGUGGCCGUGGCCGUGGCCGUGUGCGUGCGGGUGAGGCCCGUCUGUAACAGGGAAGGACUGGAAGAAGCUACUCGUGUUUAUUGGAAAACUGACAAUAAUGCUAUUUAUCAGAUUGAUGGGAGUAAAUCCUUCAGUUUUGAUCGUGUCUUUCAUAGUAAUGAAACGACUAAAAAUGUAUAUGACGAAAUCACAGUACCGAUCAUCGAUUCUGCCAUACAGGGCUACAAUGGUACUGUAUUUGCCUAUGGGCAGACUGCAUCAGGAAAAACACAUACCAUGAUGGGUUCAGAAAAUUGUUUAGGAAUCAUCCCGAGAGCUAUACACGACAUUUUUCAAAAAAUUAGGAAGCUUCCUGAGAGAGAGUUUCUCUUACGGGUAUCUUACAUGGAAAUAUAUAAUGAAACCAUUACAGAUUUACUUUGUAACACUCAGAAAGUGAAACCACUGAUAAUUCGGGAAGACAUCAAUAGGAAUGUAUAUGUUGCUGAUCUCACAGAGGAAGUGGUUUAUACAUCAGAAAUGGCUCUGCAAUGGCUCUCCAAGGGAGAAAAAAACAGACAUUGUGGAAUAGCCAAAAUGAAUCAAAGAAACAGUCAUUCACAUGCCAUUUUCAGAAUGAUUUUAGAAAGUAGAGAAAAAGGUGAAUCUUCAAAUUGUGAUGGCUCUGUUAAAGUGUCACAUUUGAAUUUGGUGGAUCUUGCAGGCAGUGAAAGAGCUACUCAAACAGGAGGCAAAGGUGUGCGACUCAAGGAAGGCUGCAAUAUAAAUCGAAGUUUAUUUAUUUUGGGACAAGUGAUCAAGAAACUUAGUGAUGGGCAAAUUGGUGGUUUCAUAAAUUAUCGAGAUAGCAAAUUAACACGAAUUCUUCAGAAUUCCUUGGGAGGAAAUGCAAAAACACGUAUUAUUUGCACAAUUACUCCAAUUUCUUUCGAUGAAACCCUUUCUACUCUCCAGUUUGCCAGCAUUGCUAAAUAUAUGAAGAACACUCCUUUUGUGAAUGAGGUAUCAAGUGAUGAAGCACUCCUAAAAAGAUAUAAUAAAGAAAUAGUGGAUCUGAAAAAACAAUUCGAAGAAGUAAGCAUAAAGACUCAGGUACAAGAAAUGGAAAAAGACCAAUUGGCCCAACUUUUAGAUGAAAAAGACUUGCUUCAAAAAGUACAGGACGAGAAAAUUCAGAACUUAAAGCGGAUGCUGGUCACCUCGUCUUCUAUUGCCUUGCAACAGGAGCUAAAGGCCAAAAAGAAGCGAAGAGUUACUUGGUGCUUAGACAAAGUUAACAAAAUGAGUGAUUCAACUGAUGUAAAUGAAGUUGAAGUGCCAACAAAUGUAACAACAAGAACACACAAAUCUUCCAUAACUGUAUCAGGAGAAAGCGGUGAAUCUGUGUGUGUUGAUACUGAUACCUUUAGUAAUACUCUCGAACCACUAACUGAGACAGAAUGGAGCUCAGCAACAACACUACUAAGUCAGGAGAACUUAGAAGGCGAGCUGAAUUCCCUUCAUGCUAAAUAUGAUAAUUUGGUAUUAGACAAUGAACAGCUAAGAAGACAAAAUGAAUACCUGGAAUUGAAAUUAACAGAAAAAAAUGGUAUAGGUGAAUUUGAGACUCUAAAAAGAGAAGGUAAAAGAGAUCAAGAGGUGGAACUAAUUCAUGAAAUUUCCAACUUAAAGGAUUUAGUUAAGUAUGCCAAAGCAUAUAAUCAGGAUCUGGAGAAUGAACUACGGUCAAAAGUUGAACUUCUUAAAGAUAAAGAAGACCAGAUUAAGAAUUUACAGAAACACAUAGACAUACAAAACUCUGAUACUAUAAAAAUGGACUUGUCAUCUUCAUUGGAAACCACUAAAGACCUAAAACAAAUGAAACAAGAUUUGGUUGAUACAGAAGCUGUAGUCCUUUAUGCCAAGAGAAAACCAACCUUCCUUACAAGUGAAAAUUUGGAGCUGAAAGAGAAAAUAAAAAAACUUCUAAACUCCUGCAAGCAAAUGGAAAAUGAUAUUCAACUAUAUCAACGCCAAUUGGAGACAGAAAAGAAAAAGCAAGCUGAUCUGGAUAAAGAAUUGCAAUCUUCUUUUAAUGAAAUAAGAAAACUCAAUUCCCUCCUAGAUGGCAAAGUUCCAAACGACUUGCUCUGUAAUUUGGAAUUGGAAAGAAAGAUUGAUGACCUCCAAAGUGAACUUAAUAAAGAAACUAAUGAAAAUGAAGCUUUGCGAAAAGAAGUUAAAUUGCUCUCAGAAUUAAAACCUUUACCUUCAGAAGUGCAAAUGCUAAGGACAGAGAUACAUAAGAAGUCUAAAGAGCUCACUAUAAUAACUUCAGAAAAAGAAAAAUUACUUUCUGAAGUAGUUUAUAAAGACAAUAAAAUUCAAAGUUUACUUGAAGAAAUGGGGAAAACUAAAGGUGACCUUGCAGCUUCCCAGCUGGAUUGCAAGAACAUUGAUGAAGAAUUUCAAAAUUUCAAAACUCUUCAUAUGGAAUUUGAGCAAAAAUACAAAAAUAUCCUGGAAGAGAAUGAGAAAAUGAAACAAGAGGUAGGAAAUCUCUCUAAAGAUGCAGAAUGUCUUGGUGUAAGUUUGACAACUGAACUUUCUGGAAAGACUCAGGAGCUCCAGCAGGAAACAGCCAAGAGUUGCGACAGAUUAGAUGAGGUGGAACAACUGAAGGAAGAGCUAGAAAACAAGGAUUCUGCACUGCGAUCUGUAGAAAAGGAGAACAGCCUGCUGACUGAGACACUACAGGAAACAUUAGAAGAAGUAAAAACUUUGACUCAAGAAAAAGAUGACCUGCAGCAGCUCCAAAAGAGCCUGCAAAUUGAGAGAGACCAACUCAGAAAUGACAUUCCGGACACAAUAAAUACGAACAUAGACACUCAAGAACAAUUGCACACUGCACUUGAGUCUUUGAAGCACCACAAAGAAACAAUUAACACACAGAAAAGGAACAUUUCUGAGGACUCUUCUGAGACACUGCAUUCAGUGGAUGCUGAGGAGCAGCAAGACACUAUCGAAAAGCUCAGGAGGGCUGUUAUGGACAAGACAGAUGAACUAGCAGCUGUGCAGAGGGACUUAGGACAUGCAAAUGCUGCUGCAAAAGCGCAGAUCCAGGAACUUAAAGAAAACGAAGAUCAACUUAGAAAAGCAAAUGAUGAUCUUGUGGGAUUCAUGUAUCAAAUGUAUCAAAUGGAAGAAUUGAAGAAGCGACUCGAAACCCAGAAUUCAGUUGUGGAAUGUGCAGAAACAGAGAAGUUGAGGCUGACUAAGCAACUUCAUAGAAACCUUGAAGAAAUAAGAUUCCUUACUUACAAAAAUGAUAGUCUAAAAAUUGAGAAUGAAACCCUCAGAGCAGAACGAGACCAACUGAGGGAAAGCCUUACAAAAGCAGAAGCCAAUAUCGCAGUGCUUCAUAAAGAACAAGUGCAACUUCCUAAUGUGAAAGAAGUCAGUGAAUGUCCAGAAACAGUGAAUAAAUUAGAACCACUAGAAGAACAAUCCAAACCCACGGAUUCAACAUCAGUAGAAAACUUAGCUAUGGAAAAGCUCAGGCUAACGGAGAAACUUCAAGGAGGAAAGAAAGAGAUAAAAUAUCUAACUAAACAAAGCGAUGACUGGAAAAUCUUAGAGGCAUUUCAACUUGAACAUUCCCAGCUCAAACAAGACCAUAAAGAAAUUCUUGCUAAAAUCCAAGAAGCCCAAGACGGAGAAUGUCCCUUGACUAUGGGGGAAAAGGAUGGUGAUACUACAAAAAUAAGUAAGAAAGGACCAAUGACGAGGCGGUUCAAAGCCAGAUAUUCAGCACCACCAAGAAUAGAUAUAGAAAAGUUGCCUGAGAGCCUUGAAGGCCAUGGGAAAGUGGGUGCCCUACACCAAAUACAGCGGAAUCUUCCCUCACAGCAGGACCGCUUCACAGGCCACAUAAGAGAAGUCACAGCCAAACUUCUGGAAACCGAGGAAGAACUUAAAAUUGCUCGUUGUUGUCUGAAAGAGCAACACGAAAAGAUUAAUAGAUUGACAGUGAACCUAUCAGAGAAGGAAUAUGAAAUAUCCACCUUUCAGAUGCAGCUGGAAUCAGCCAAUAAUGAAUUACAGAGAAAGAUCCAGGAGCUUUAUGAGAAACAGGAAAAACUUAAUAGAAUGGAAGCUCAGAAAUCUCAUGAAUAUAUGUAUGAAGUUAAACAAGUUAAGGAGCUACUUGUAAUAAGAGAUCUUAAUGAUUACACAGAAAUCAUAGUGCAAGGACAGCAAGAGCUUGUGGAGAAAGAGAAAAACUUUCUUAAGACAGAUUCUAUUGAUGGCACCACAGAAAAUACAUGUCUAACAGAACACUUGAAAGAGCAACUUGAGGCCAAGAGGUCAGCUCUGGAAAAUGUGGAAAUGCAGAAUGUGAGGUUGACUCAAAGACUAAAUGAGAACCUUGAAGCAAUGAGAUGUGUCAUAACAGAAAGGGAUGACCUGAAGAGUGUAGAGAAGACUCAUAAAACUGAGAGAGACCACCUCAAGGGAAACCUUCAGCUAACUAUCACUAAAACGAGUUGGUCUGACCUGGAAAAAGAAGAAGAACUAAGAAUUGCUCACGUGCACCUGAAAGAGCAGCAAGACACUAUCGACAAGCUCAGGAGGGAUGUUACCAACAAGACAGAUGAACUAGCAGCUGUGCAGAGGGACUUAGGACAUGCAAAUGCUGCUGCAAAAGCACAGGGUCUCUUAAAGCAAAAGGAACUAAGAAUUGCUUAUGUGGCUCAGAAAGAGCACCAAGAAACUAUCAACAUGCUCAGGGUGACUGUUUCUAAGAACCACAUGAAAGUGGAUUUAGAAUAUUCAGAGACUAACUUUCAAAAGAGAAAAAAAAUUCAAGAACUGAAGGAAAAUGAACUUCAACUUCUUAAAUUAGAAGGAGAACUCAGUGAAGCACAGAAACAACUCAAGGAACAAGGCAGGACUCUGAGUAAGAUAGAGAUGGAGAAUUUAACUUUGGCUCAGAAACAUCAUGAAGACUUUGAAGAAAUAAAGACUCUUGUAACAGAAAGAGAUAACCUAAGGAAAGCAGAGGAGAUACUCAAACUGGAAAGAGACCAACUUAAGGAGAACUUAGAGAAAAUCACAGCUAAAGAUCUAGACACACAACAAGAACUAACAAUUGCUCACAUGCAUUUGAAAGAACAAGAAGAAAAUAUUGAUAAACUGAGAAAGAAACUUGGAGAAAAGGCAACUCAAAUUUCAGACAUCCAGGAUUUAGAUAAAUCAAAAGAUGAAUUACCAAAAAAGAUCCAAGAACUUCUGAUGAAAGAGCUUCAGCUUUUUAAAGAAGAUUUCAGUAAAACUUAUACCAAAAUGAAUGAAAUAGAACAAUUGAAGAAAAAAUAUGAGGCCCAGCAUACAUCUGUGCAGAGUAUGGCUACAAACAAUUUUCACUUGAUUAAAACCGUGUAUGAAAACCUUGAAGAAAUAAAAAAUGUAGCUAAGGAAUGUAAUGAGCUAAGGAAGAUAAAAGAGUCUCUCAAAAUGGAAAGAAACCAAUUCAGAGAAUCCAUAAGAAAAACAAAAACUAGAAACCACAAAGGGGAAGUAAAACACAAAGGAAAAUUGCUAUAUGAUGCAGAACAACACCCUACAGAAAGCCUGAUAGAAAAAUGCCUGAAGAUAAAAGAGCUUCUGAAGAAGUACUCAGAGAUGGAUACUGAUUAUGAGUGCUUGGAUAGAUUCUCUCUUGAUUUGGAGAAGGAAAUUGAAACCCAAAAAGAGCUUUCAGUUAGAAUAAAAGGAAACCUGUACCUUCCAUACUCACAAACCAAACAGAUUCAAAAACUUCUUGCAGUAAACCAAAGGUGUUCCAUAGAAUCCUACAGAGUCAUGAAGAAACUUAAGUAUGUGUUAAGCCAUGUUACAAGGAUAAAGGAAGAACAGCAUGAUACCAUCAAUAAAUUUGAAUUGGCUUUUGUUGAAGAAGUAGAGAAGCAAAAUGAAUUGCAAACUAAAAUUCAGUGUCUUGAUAUGGAUUACAAUGCACCAGCACCCAGAGAAUUAAAGGAUCUCAAAUUGAACCCAAAUAUCGACCUACAUAUUGAGGAAAUUCUCAAAGAUUUCUCAGAAUAUGACUUCCAAAGUAUAAGGACUGAAUUUCAACAACUACUAAAUGAUCAAAAAGAAAUGUGUCAGUUCUUAGAAGAAUGGUUGAGUGCUCCUUUUGAUACAGAAAAACUUAAACUUGCUAUCCAGAAAGAAAACAGUAGCUUAUUUCGAGUGAAUAACUUCUAUAAUGAUAAGAUAACUGCCAUAAUAAAUGAAUCCACCGAGUUUGAGGAAAGAAGUGCUAUCAGAUCAAAAGACUGGAAAUGUGACCUAAACAUCAUGAAAGAAAAAACUAAAAAACUAGUUGAAGACUACCAAUCUUUGACAGCUUCUCAAUCGAGUGUCCGGAUUUGUUCUACUACACCAAGCAGGAAGACUCAGCAUGUUGCCUCAGGAUACGUACAGAUGACUGCAGAGAAAAUUCAGGAACUAGAAACUUCCCUACACGAAGCUAAAGAAAGUGCUGUACGUAAAGAAGACAAGAUUGUAAAGUUGCAGGGAGAACUAAAAGUGACUAAUGACAUAAUAGCAAAACUUGAAAACAAAGUUAAUGAAUCAAACAUAUGUCUUGAAAAAGCAAAAGAAACCAUUCAGUUACUUCAGGACGAAGUUGCUGUAAGAACUAAACUGUAUAAAGAAGACAUUGAAUACCUGAAAACAAAACUGGUGAAAGCAGAACUAGAAAAGAUGAAAAAUGGCAGAGAACAUGAAAAAGAAAUUAAUUCUACAAAAGCUACUACUGAAUAUCAAAAAGUAAUGAUAAGGGCACUAAGAGAAAAUCUCAGAAGAAAUCAACAGGCCCAAGAUACUUCAACGGAACGAACAAUAGAAACAAACAGUCUGGAUGCUAUGCCAGAUCUGUGGCCACCCUCCUCAAGAAAAGAAACAGAUGACUGCAAAAUGCAGUAGACUUCCCACACUAACCUGGAAUGUUUGCAGUAACUUUAUUUAUGUAUCUACCCAUUAAUGUUAUAG